UAGUCCUUUGCGGUGCCCUUGGCUGUCAUGGCGUCCCAGGGUAACCUACUGAACGAGAGGGUUGCUAAGCUGGUGAGCCGGCGGUAUGGGAAGCCUGUGCUGCAGCCUCGGCGGCCGCUGGCCCUGGCUGACGCGGUGGCUAACCGGAAGUACAAGGUGGGAGAGGCAACCUGCAUUAGUGAGAUGUCCAUAUUAAUGGCAUGCUGGAAAGAAAAUGCCUUCAGUGACACCGCUUGUUCAAGUGCAGUCAAGGUUUUCUAUGAUUGUGUUGCGCGAGAACAGAAAGCUCGGAAAUUAGGCGCUAAAGAAGAGAAACCUGCAGGCUGGAUGCCUCCGCAACACGUGAACAAAUUGCUUAAAAAAUAUCCAAAUCUCAAACACGAGAUCUAGAAAUACAGACUUGACUUGCAAGAGUCUGGAAAAUGUGCAUCCAAUGAAGACUGGGUUAUAGACGUGCACUGAUCAGACUGGGAUGAAGAAGAUGGGAAGAUCACUUCUCCAACUUCAGCUGCUGAUAUAGAGGCCUACAUUUGAAAUGGCGGAUGUUGUGUUUGUGCCUGUGGGAAACUCAGGUGCACAUUUUGACAAAAAAUACAGAUGUGCAUGUCCAGUGGUCUGUUUGUCAUGAUCAUUAUAGUGUAAUGGUCUAAAAAUAUAUAUAUUUUUUUUUAUGCAGACUUGGGAAAGGGAAGUCUUAAGAAAGUUAUGUGUUUCUGUGCGCACAUAACAUUUGUGGAUAAGUGUAAUCGCUUUUUAGCAAGCAAUAAAGCUUUAUUUCCACUUUCU